GCCACGCGCUCCCGUGAACGCGCUGCGCUCCCAAAGCGCUCCGAGAGAGAGACAGUGAGCACAGAGAAUGAGACGAGCUGAGGACACGCUGCGUGGACAAGCUCUUAUCUAGGACAACGCCAUGCUCAGUCUACUGCGCCCCCUACUGGCCGUCUGCUGGUACACGCUGCUGCUGCUGCUGCUGCUGCCCGGCGGUCAGUGCUGGAUCCGCAGGUACAAUAACGGCUUUCACUACCAGGACAUCAGCAACGGCAACGGCAACGGAGAGAUCUAUUUCAAUGGGAUUCGUCUCCAUGUGGAAUCUCCGCUGCCUUCAGUUUCAGCCUCCAGGGGGAGCAGUGUUACCCUGCCCUGUCACUACCACUAUGAGCCGGAGGUUGCCACACCACGCAGGACUCGGGUCAAGUGGUCCUGGCUGCCCUCCCAGACCAUUGCUGCACCUGCUUCCCCAGAAGCCCUGGCCAGGGAAACCGAGGUGAUGGUUGCCAUGGGCAACCGCCAACGCAGCUAUGGCAACUUCCGGGGCCGUGUGCGUCUGAGACGCUCAGCACCUGGGGACAUGUCUCUGGUGAUCAAUGAGCUGCAACUGAAUGACACAGGACGAUACCGCUGUGAGGUCAUUGAUGGUCUGGAGGAUGAGAGUGUGACCGUGGAGCUGGAGCUGCGAGGUGUGGUGUUUCCCUACCACUCUCCGAAAGGGCGCUACCGUUUUAACUUCUUCGGGGCCCAACAAGCGUGCCAGGAUCAGGACGCCACCCUGGCUACAUUUGAGCAGCUCUUCACUGCGUGGGAGGAGGGACUAGACUGGUGUAAUGCCGGUUGGUUGGCUGAUGGCACCGUGCACUACCCCAUCACAAUGCCACGUGAUGGCUGUGGGGGCGUGGACUUAGCUCCUGGUGUGCGAAGCUAUGGUCAACGUCAUGGCCUCCUCCACAGCUAUGAUGCUUUCUGCUUCUCUGCCUCUAUUAAGGGGAGCAUAUACUUCUUAAAGCACCCGACCAACCUCAACUUCACCGAAGCAGUCCAAGCGUGUGCCGUGGAUGGAAGUCAGAUUGCCAAAGUGGGCCAGCUGUAUGCUGCGUGGAGGCUGUUGGGGUUUGACCGCUGCGAUGCCGGCUGGCUGGCUGACGGGAGUGUGCGUUAUCCAAUCACAAAAGUGCGGGCUAACUGUGGCCCUCCUGAACCAGGGGUGCGUAGUUUUGGGUUCCCACCUAUGUACCUAAAGUUUGGUGUCUACUGUUACCGGUAGACGCCCUGAGACAACACAAGACAGAAACAAACCACUCUGACAGCACACUGGGUCAAAGCUUUGCUCAGCAGGUUAGCAUUAGCUUUAGCCUGGAUGCAAAUUAGCAGUUAGCCAGUUUGUUCAUUUUUGAGCUGGUCAAAUCGCUCUCCACCUCCAUUAGACUGAAACUCAUGUCUCAGUAUUGAACUUAACUACUAGUCAACAACUGUUUUUGCACUAUUACUAUAGUCAUGUCAACACUAUAUGGUCAGUUGUAUGUAGACACUGCAAAACGACACCCAUUUCAAAGGUAGAGGGCAUUAAUAUGCUGCUGUAACAGCCUCCACUUUUCCGGGAAGACUUGGAUCCCAGCUGCAAGUAUUUGAUUCUUUCAGCCACAGAAGCAUUACUGAGGUCAACACUAAUGUUGGGUGAUAGUGCCAGACUUUUGCAGAAAAUGUUGGAUGAGGUUGAGGUUGAGGAUCUGUCAACGGUAGUCAGAUUCUUCCAGAAAUAAAAUUGCAAUUUUGA